ACGGGGUUUUGACGUCAUUUUGGGGCCUGCAGGCUUUGGUCGGCUUCACUGUCCGAUCUCAGGCUCACCCCCUUGGACGUGACCCGGAACCGGAAGCGGAGGCUCUCCCUCUCCGCUGCAUCCUGCCGUCAGCCAGCGCAGCUUUCACUCGUUUCUGCUCCUGGAACCAAGUGAGUCCCGCCGAUGUUCCCCGCGGGGCGGGAGCCGUCAGCAUGAGCCCCCCCCCUGCACACCCGGCUGGCCGCCGUCAUGGAGUCUCUGGUCCACGCCGCCGUGGCGGAGCUGCAGAAGCUGGUGCGGGAGGACCGGCAGCCCCGGACCGCAGAGGAGCCGCCUCCGCCGGGCGGAGCGCAGGCCGACAGCCGGGACAAGAUGGUGCUGUUCGCCGCCGUCAUGGAGACUCUGGGGAACGAGGCUCUGGGGAAGAUCCUGAACAUCGUGGACGAAGCCCAACUGCUGGGGCAGCUUGAGUCCAGGAGGGGCGGCAAGAGACCGCAGACCAGCGUCCUCAACGUCCUCAGCAGCGCACGUGUCGAGGUCGAACACUCGUACGGGAUUCGUCUCGAGAGCUCCGACGCACACAGAUCCGCUCAGACCAAACUAGAGGAGGAGGGAAGUGAAAAUCCGUUUGUCCUGGCAGUGACGGUUAAAGACGAACACGGCAACAUCGACCUGGGAGCCAUCGCUGAGAGAGCUCGACUUGAAGCCGUGGAGCCGGUGACCUCUGACCUCCAGCAGAAGGUGUCCAGCGCGGAGUUUCUUCUGCAGAGCGUGGCGUGGAAAUACUUCAUGUGCACGGCGUGCGGUAAAUCCUUCACGUCCCAGAGCAACCUGAAGUCUCAUUACCGCAUCCACACAGGCGAGAAGCCGUUCUGCUGCAGCGACUGCGGCCGGGCUUUCCGUCAGAGGCAGAGUCUGCGCAGCCACAUGCGGACGCACACCGGCGAGCGGCCGUACGAGUGUCCGCAGUGCGGCAAGUGUUUCUCCAAGCAGACGCAGCUCAAGACGCACGCCGUCAUCCACACUGGAGAGAAGCCCUACGCCUGCGAGGUGUGCGGCCGCCGCUUCAACGUGCUGCAGAACCUGCACCGCCACGCGCACACGCACACAGGCAAGAAGAUCUUUGUCUGCGGCGUGUGUGGGAAAGGCUUCACCCGCGGUGUCACGCUGAAAACACACGAGCUCAUCCACACCGGACAGAAACCCUUAAAAUGUGAGCAGUGCCCUAAAACCUUCCGCCACGCCGUCAACCUCAAGAACCACCAGAGGAUCCACAGCGGCGUGCGGCCGUUCAGCUGCGACCUCUGCGGGAAGAGCUUCCGCCAGUCGGUCAACCUGAAGAUCCACCGGAGGACCCACACUGGCGAGCGUCCGUUCAGCUGCCAGGAGUGCGGCAAGACGUUCAGCCAGCAGAGCAGCCUGAUCUCACACGGCCGCACGCACUCCAAGGAGCGCCCGUUCGCCUGCGGCUCCUGCGACAAGAAGUUCAACAACGCCAACAGCCUGAAGCUGCACCUGCGCGUCCAUACCGGCGAGAAGCCGUACACCUGCGACAUCUGCGGCAAGACCUUCAGCCAGGGCAGCCACCUGAGGACGCACAAGAGGCACGUGCACGCCGGCGGCAAGCAGUACAUCUGCGACAAGUGCGGGAAGCGAUACUCGGACCAGCGCAACCUGAAGCUGCACAAGUGCGGCUACGCGUGAAGGCGCAGCCGGGAGCCAUGUUGGAUUUUACAAAAUAAAAUGUUUGUUGAACAGGAAGUGGGGCCGUUAAGCAAUCAGGGCUACGACGUGUUGAGGUGGGUGGGGCCUCUGGUUCAGGUACUAUUUCCUCCUGAGGUAAUGCUUAGUGGGCGGGGCCCUUCCUUUGAACAGAUCUGUCCUUCUAUCCUUUUAAACACUACAGUACCCAUGAGCCUCAUUGGCGGUUGCCAUGGGGACGACUGUACCAUAACUGCAGGACCUGGUCACAUUUAAAUCUCUGAAACUCGCCCGGUAACAGGGUCUGAAGCGCUCUGAUUGGACGGUUCAAUCAUUUAAUAUGGAAGAAAUUAAGUCACCUGAUGUAAGCCCUGCCCACUACAGUACUGCAUUCUGAUUGGUUGAAACCGUGAAUUUAAGUUACGUUUGUUAUGUUGCUCAGAGUGUCUGUAAAUGUGCAAACAGGCACGUGGCUGCUUUUUAUAAUUUAAUAGAAGAUAUUUUUCAUUUGUAAAAUAAUAAACCUGAACAACUGGUCACAUGA